AUGACGGAUCAGAAAGACUGGGAAACGACUGAUGUCGCUAUAUGUGGAUGCGGCCCUACGGGCGCUCUGUUAUCUGCUUACCUCGGUCGCGCCGGUGUCCAUAAUGUCGUUUUGGAGAAAGAGCCAACAAUCACCACCGAUCCUCGUGGGAUAGCCUUGGAUGAUGAUGGGAUCCGUUUCCUGCAAGGCCUGGGUCUGUACGACUUCAUUUAUACCAAGAUAGGCACCUCCAUGGGAAGGUUCAAUUUCGUCAGUGGGACCGAUUGCAAUAUGCACAAAAUUCCGAUUCUGGCAAUGGACUACAAUAUAAUUGCAGGAGCGACAGGUCAUGUUGGCUUCAUAGGCCAUAAACAACCCGUCCUCGAGAGCCACAUCAGGGGCUGCAUGCCUUCGUCCCAUUGCUCCUUGCGGUGCAACGCGACUGUCGUUGAGCUCGAAGAAGCCGAAAACUGGACAUAUUGUACCUAUCGCGACGCGACCGGAGAGGAGCAUGGUCUUCGAGCAAGAUUCUUCGUUGGCGCGGACGGAAAGACUGGUUAUACACGCAAGCAAUAUUUGGAACCGCGGGGCGUCAUCUUAGAGAAAUUCCAUGCGGCCUUCUACGAGGAAACCUGGGUGGCAUUGAACUGGCGGAUCACCGUUCCAACACCGCAGUCGCAUCCCAACUUCCCCCUGUGGGAACGAGGUUACUCACCAGAGCAAGUUUAUGACUUAUUCUUUCCACCUGAAUUUCGAUUCCUCUGCAAUCCGGAUAGGCCAGCAGUUGCCGGGCGCUUUGGCCUCCCAGCUGACAGACUGUGGCGGUUCGAGUAUAUCAUCCACGAAGGAGAAGAUGGAUAUGUAAUGGCUAGUCCUGCAGAAAUGCGACGCAUCGUUUAUCCCUACAUCACACAUAAGGGAAGUCGAUAUCAGCUUGCUGGGGACGUGCAGUUUCCCGAAGACUGCAUUGAGGUACUUCGCUGUCGCCCGUUCACAUUCUCGUCGCGAACCUGCAACGUAUGGGCCAAGGAUCGAGUGAUACUGUGUGGUGAUUCGGCUCACGUCUUCCCGCCCUUUGGCGGGCAGGGUAUCGUAUCCGGUUUUCGCGACGCAAUAUCCCUCUCCUGGCGCCUAGCUAUGCUCUGCCGCUACCAUUCUAACAAGAAAACCCACCAUCAUGUUUUGAAGGCAUGGUACGAGGAGCGUAAGCAACAGCUCAAGAUCUCUCUAGCGACAACGGUCGCAAAUGGGGUUAUGGUAUGCGAAACGCAUCCACUGAAGAUUUUCCUCCGAGACUGGUACAUCUGGUUUAUCCAGUUCAUUCCCAGCUGGAAACGACAGCUGCAGCAUGGUCGCAGAAACGCUGCAAUAUUCCGAUACAGAUACUCCAACGGAAUGCCUUUCAUCCCAGAUCUCAACGGCGGUCUUUAUCUUCCCCAAGUAUAUUGUCGCCGCACCGAGGACAGUGAGAUACUUUUCACAGACGACGUAAUCUACGGUGUAGAUAAUACGACCUCUCUCUUCCGCCUAUUCGUAUACGUGCAGGACUCAUCCGAGAUUCCAGCUAUCAAGCACGCCCUCGAAGGCAUCGAAAACUGGUCCCGUGGCGAAUUUAAUUCAACCAAAAUCCCCUUUAUUUCGGAAGGAAGUGAUGUUGAGGCGAUAAGCUCAUCUAAAGGAAGAAACAUCUUCCAACUCGCCUCCGCAGACGAAUUCGCUAAAUCCCCCUUGUGCACUGAUCGUCCCAGACCCUUAGAUUACGAUUCUUUCCUUCUAGGGAAUAAAGUGCAGGGAAAAUAUAUCAUUGUCCGAAUGGACCGAAUCGUGUUUGCAUCCUGUGCGAACGAGGAUGAAUUGAGGGGAGCUGUGCAGACUAUGCUGGGGAUUCUGUAUGGUGAUGAUUCCGCCUGAGUACUACUCGGCGAAAUAUAUAGUAGGGUGUAGACGGGUUGUGGAAGGGAUGGUUUGAUCCUCAUGAACGGAUCUCCACUCUCUUGUUGAUACUAGACUAGAUAGUCUCGAACGAUUACUAGUUUUCAUUUCUACAUUCAUAUUAAAAUUGCCAACAGUUUCAAUAUGUUCUACAGUAAUGUUCAAUCUUUGGUUUGGCUGGCGGAUAAAGGACCUCAAAACACGCUCUGGAAAGGUCACCUGACCGAUGAGCAGACCGGUCGCAUUAAUGCAGACCAUGCCAGAUUCUGAAAAGUACGGUGUGCUCAUGUACCGGAAUAAGUAUUAAGGAAGCUUACUCGAGUAGAAAGCGAUCUCAAUUCUUUCCAGCGAAAACUAUUCCAAACGAGGGAGCAAGUAAGU